GACAUUUACAGUGUCAUUUGUCAGUCAGCUUAUCAUUUGUCGCUACACGCUAAUUGCAAAAGUUGUUUGUGCCUUGUGUGCAGGUGGUGUGCAAAUUUUCAGGAAAUAUUCUGCUGUGCCGGUGCAUCUUUGUGUGCAAUUGCAUUCUUUUGUGUUUUCUCUUUGAUGUAAAUUGCAGGUCUUCGAAUUAAGUGAGAAAUGGCUCGAUACGGGCAACGACCGGAAAAUGCAUUAAAACGUGCCAACGAAUUCAUCGAGGUUGGUAAACCAGCUAGAGCCCUAGAUACUUUGCAGGAAGUAUUUAGGAAUAAAAAAUGGGCGUACAACUGGUCGGAAUCGGUGUUGGAACCCAUUAUGUUCAAAUACUUGGAUCUCUGUGUAGAGUUGAAAAAGUCCCACAUAGCAAAAGAGGGGUUGUUCCAGUACCGAAACAUGUUCCAGUCGGUCAAUGUUGGGUCACUGGAAAACGUUAUUCGAGGGUAUCUAAGAAUGGCGGAGGAGAAGACUGAGAACGCCAGAGAGCAGUCUGCUCAAGCCGUUAUUGAUAUUGACGAUCUGGAUAAUCUAGCAACUCCAGAAAGUUUACUGUUAAGUGCAGUUUCGGGAGAAGAUGCUCAAGAUCGAUCUGAUCGUACCAUUUUAACUCCAUGGGUCAAAUUCCUAUGGGAGUCUUACUGCCAAUGUUUAGAACUGCUAAGAACCAAUGCCCAUGUGGAAAAUCUUUACCACGAUAUUGCCAGAAUGGCUUUUCAAUUCUGCCUGAAAUACAACAGAAAAACGGAAUUUAGGAAGCUGUGCGACAAGCUCAGAAAGCAUUUGGAGGAUAUUUGCAAAUUGCCAACCCAAGUAGCUAAUGUUUCCAUGUCCAAACCGGAAACCCAGCAAUUGAAUCUGGAGACUAGAUUGCACCAAUUGGAUUUUGCCAUCCAAAUGGAAUUAUGGCAGGAGGCCUACAAAGCCAUCGAAGACAUCAACAAUUUGAUGAACUUGUCAAAGAAAAUGCCGGUACCAAAAACAAUGGCGAAUUAUUAUCAGAAACUUGCCAUGGUUUUCUGGAAAGCUGGAAACUACCUGUUUCAUGCCGCUGCCCUUUUCAAGCUUCUACAACUGAGCAAGGAAAUGAAGAAGAACAUCACCCAAGAAGAAUUACAAAAAAUGGCUUGCAGGGUGUUAAUUGCUACUCUGGCUAUUCCACUGCCAUCUGCCCAUCCGGAGUUCGACAGGUUUAUUGAAACUGAUAAAUCUCCUUUGGAGAAAGCGCAGAGAUUAGCAGUUCUGCUGGGAUUAAUGCAGCCCCCUUCUAGGGCCAGUCUGUUAAAAGACUUGGUUCGGGUGAAUGUCGUCAAUCUUGCCACCCCUCAACUCCAAGAAGUAUAUCGUUGGUUGGAAGUCGACUUUGAUCCUUUGAACUUAUGUUCGCAUAUGAACACCAUUAUGGAGCAAUUACGAGCAGAGGAGAGUGGAGCAGCAUUACAGCAGUAUAUCAGCGCCUUACAAGACGUGACUUUAGUACGGCUGGUACGCCAGGUAGCACAAGUGUAUCAAACAAUUGAAUUUGCUAGAUUGAUAGAAUUGGCUAAAUUUACCACCAUUUUUCACAUGGAAAGAUUGCUUGUGGAUUGUGUAAGGCAUAAUGAUAUGCAGAUUCGCAUUGAUCAUGGAAAGCAGUGCAUCCACUUCGGUAUUGACCUUAGUGAGAGUCAACGAGAAGACAAACCCGAAGGUCCAACUUUACAAGUGAUGCCGAGUGAACAAGUGCGCAAUCAACUUGUUAAUAUGUCUAAUGUUUUGAUUCAAUCAGCCGCUAUUAUAAAUCCCAACAAGAAAAAGGCGGAGCGGGAAAAGUUGCGAAGCAUCAUGGUACAGAAUUAUCAUGAGAAUAAAGUAAAGGAACACGAGAGGAUUUUGGAGCGUCAUAAAAUCAUUGAAGAUAGGAAAGAAUAUAUUGAACGGUUGAAUACUGUUCGCGAGGAGGAAGAGCAAAAACGUUUGGAGGACAUUCAGCGCCAACAGCUUAUGGCUGAGCAGAAGCGUUUGGAAGAAGAAAGACAGGAACGUGAAAGACGGAGGCACCAAAACGAGAUUGAGCAGAUUAAACAUAGACAUCUGCAAGAAAAGCUGCAACAGAUCAGUCAGACUGGUCAUGGACAGAAAAUUCUGAAAAAAAUGGAUGAGGAAGACAUAAAAAAACUGGAUGCCGACCAAAUUGCGGCAAAAGAAGCGGAAGAGCUGCAAAAAGAACGUCGCGAAUUGCAAGCUAAAUUGAAAUCACAUGAAAAGAAGGUGGAUUACUUCGAACGUGCGAAACGUCUGGAAGAGAUUCCCCUGCUUCAAGAAAGUUUAAAGGAAAGGCAAUUACAAGAUCAGACUUUCUGGGAGGAACAGGAGAAAGAACGUAUUGCUGCUGCCAUUGAAGGUCGCAAAUUGGCCGUCGCCACAAGAGAUCGAUUGUGUCGCAUGAAAGCUGACAGGGAUGAAUUCUUAAACAAACUGACAUCAGAACGAAAUGCAUUGUAUUCUGAAAAGUUGGGCGCAUUUGAGAAGAUGCUUGCUGAAGAAAGACGCAAGCGCUUGAACGAACGAAAAGAAAAACGUAAAGAGGCCAGAAGGGUCAAGUGGCUUAAGGAAAAGCAAGAAGCUGAGGAAGAGGAACGAAAACGGCAACAACAACUAUUGGAGGAAAAGGAACGCGAAGCCAAGGAAGAAAAGGAGCGCCAGGAGCGUUUAGAAAAGGAGAGAAUAGAGAAAGAGCAAAAGGAGCGAGAAGCCGCAGAGAAGCUUGAAAAGCUCGAAAUGAAUGAUCGCGUAGCCGCUAAGCAGAAAGCUAGGGAGGAAGAACUAGAACGUAAGUUACGCGAGCAAAACGAGAAAAUGGACAGAGACGCUCCAGCUCCAUGGAGACGUGGAGGAGGCGAUAAAGAAAUUAAGAGGUCUGAACCUCUGCGUCGAGGAGGUGGCGUAGGCGAAAGUAGAGACCGUGACGAGUCCAAGAAAUUCGAGCCCUAUGUUCCAAAAAGUCGUGCUGCCGGAUCCGAUAACUUCUGGCGGCGUUCAGCUGCAGAGAAGGAGCGCGAGCCGUCCCGAGAAAGAGACCGUCCCGACACUCGUGACCGCGCCGACACUCGUGACCGCGCCGGAUACGAUCGUGACCGCAGAGAUACCAGAGAAAUUGGAAGAAGAGAUGAGCGCGACAGUGGACGUUCAUAUGAGCGGGACCGAGGCAGCGAACGACCGCGCUUUUACGACUCUUCUCGAUACGACCGAAAAACUGAUUCCAGAACGGACGAACGAGACCGCAAACCGGAAAAUGGUGGAAGUACAUGGCGUUCAUCUAAAACGAGCGAUGAUACUCUUCGUAGAGGACCCCCACCGUCUUCUAGAAGCGGGCCUUCAAGACGCGAAGAGCCUAUAAGAAGAGGAGGUGAUGAUGGUACUGCGGAUGACGAUAGGCGAGGUGGGGAGGACAGAAAAGUUGUGGAGGAGAAACGUCCCGCACCCAAGGAAAAACCAGCGACAGAUUCUCAACCGCCAGCUGAAGCCGAAGAUGGAUGGACGACAACCAAGGGUCGUCGCCGUUAGUUUCAUCAACAUGUAUAAAUUUUCAUUAAUGCUGUUGCUGCUUAAGUAAAACAAUGUUUGUUUCAUUUAAUCAAAAACAUAUUAGUCGCUUUAUUUUUAUCGUUUUAAGCUUAAGAUUGUUUAAUCAAUUUAUUCAUUAUAGGUCAUACUGUAGUUUCAUCAGGUGUGUGGUUAAAAUUUCAAUGCCUUCAAUCCUUUUUUAGUGUUUUAAUUUAAAUUCAGACCACUGAUUUGGUUGAAAAUUUAAAAACAAAACCUGCGCCCGUGUUAGGGAUGCUUGCUAGUGGCAAGUGGUGGAGCAUUGAGCCAAUCGUUAUAAUUAGUAAUUUUUUAAAUUAUCCGCCCAACAUUCAUUAAAUAAUCUUUUGACAAGUAUUGAGAUUUACUGAUGAGAAUUGCGAGUCUGUUGUGCGAGUGGCAAUAUGUUUAAUGGCUCGCUGCUGUUGAGCCUAAAGUAUAAAUAGGCCAAGAUGUAUAGCAUUUUUGCGUGACAAAAAUACUAGUAGCAAACCAAUUGUGCGAUGAUAUAAUAGAUAAUGAGCAGAUGAAUAGGUAUGUUUUUACGGGUCGCAUUUCCGGUGCAUAUGUUAGUUAUUAACAAUUUAUUGAAAAAAAAAACGCUAUUUUUUCUUUCUGUUUAUAGUUUUCUAACUGUGAAACUAAUGGAACAAUCGAAAUGCCCCAACGAAGUGAUAAGAUCGAUAAGAAGUAUGCUAAAAACCGUUCGUAUAGUUCGCGAAAAUCGUCCGAUCGCCCCCUCGCAGUUGAGUGGACUUUGCAAAAAAAAAUUUGAAUUAUUAUCGGACUUACGGUAACUCAUACAGGCCGGCCGGGAAAAGACGUACUGCAAAUUUCGCUCAAAAUAUUAGCGCUCCAGCUCAAAAAAUGACAGCUAUGAAUUUUCGAAAAAACGCCCAAUUUUCCGGUUUUCCCUAAAUUUCUCAGAAACUAAUUAUCCGAUUGUGGCGUUUGACCUCUCAUUUUGUAGAUAUUUUCUUUCUUUUUUGUCUAUAUUUGGGGAAUUCCGAUUGCUCCAUUAGUUUCAAAGUUAUAAACAGCAAAAAUAGCGUUUUUUGCAAUAAAUUGUUAAUAACUAACACAUGGACCGGAAAUGUGAGUCGGAAACACAUACCCAUUCAUCUGCUCAUUAUCUUUUAUAUAAUCGCACAAUUGGUUUGCUACUAGUAUUUUUGUCACGAUAAAGCAUUUUUAAACACCUAUAGCUUGGCCUAAAACGGCAAGUGUUUAAAUGAUCUUCUAAGCCUAAACAAUACUGCCUCUUUCAAGAUAUUAACUCUACUGCGAUAAAAGGGCGAUUUUAUGAUAAAUUCUAAUUCGUCUGGGCAGCUGGCUCAAUGUGUGAAAUACAACCAGAUGAAAUUGUUGCUGGUUUCACAUUAAGAAUUUCAAGAAUGUCUUGUCUUGGUUUUUUUAGUUGGGGACCCCUAGCAAUGCACUAAGUUUUCUGUUUCAGAACAAAAAGUUUUCAUUUUCUUCUUUUUAUAUGCGAGCUAUUUUCAAACUUUUACAUAUUUGAAUUUGUUUGGAUUUUUCUGAAUAUGUUUAUUAUUUAAAUAUUUUUUUAAUACGAAUGUUUGAUUUUAUCAUAUUAUGAAUAUUUACGUACUUAUAACUCUUCUGGAUA